UGGGUGCGGGGUAUGGUGAUCGCCACACGUAUCCGCUGAAUUUAUUCCGCAGAUCCUUCUCCUGAGUGGGUGCUGGUUUCAGAGGAUAUUGUAUUCAGCCCCCCUGGUGCUGGGCUGCGGGGGGAAACUGAAAUGGUGGCUUGCAGGGUGGGACGGAUAGGGGGAGAAGCGGGUAGUUCAGCUGGAGGGAGUCCACUAUAUGUAGGAGUCGCCCGCCGGCUGACACUCCGUUAGGUUGCUGCGGCAGGUGUCUCACCCAGGUACUCUCCGGGGUUCUGGGCACGUAGGCCCAGGUGUGGGUGGUUGUCUGGAGAGGUCUGGGGUGCCCGGGAGGUAGGGACGGGGACAGGUGCGGGUGGAUCCUGCGGCUGGUCGUCGAGCUCUUCAGUGUCCCCUUGAUGUACUGGUCCCCGAGGCCAGGUCACGGAGGGCGGACAGGAGGCUAGGCGGGAGGCAGUUGAGGACCGCGGGGUAUGUGUGGGCUGUGAAUUGCCUUGCGGCGCCUCUUACCUCCGUCCGCAAGAUGGCCGCCGGCAGCAGACAGGCACGUCAGGCAGGCUCCCGGAGCGUUCACUCUCGGCCGGGGGACUAAGCAGCGGUCCCGCUGUAGGUCCGGUCGGGGUCCCAGUCAGAGGAGAGGUGGAACGAAGGCGGGCCUUGGUGCAAAGGUACGAUCUGCCGUGUUUCCUCUGAGCCGUCCCGCGGGUCUGGAGCUCGAAGUCGGGCGGGCUCCAAACUUGAGGCCCCGGUUUCAAAUUGCGGAGUAGGCCGCGGGCGGGAGAUAGUCACAGCGGCUUUGCAGGUUUCGCCUCCCAGUCCAGCACUUAUACUGCAGCUGCAGGAUAUGUGUCUAGAGAGGUUCAAGAGAGGAUUCACCCUAGUAAAAGGGUUUAUAUGCCGGCUAUUGCAGGAGCUCAGGGAUUGCUAGACCUCUCUCUGCAGUGUCUAGGCCACGCCCCGAUUUAUUGUAUUUUAAAUGAAUUUAAUUUAUCAGCACUCAGCGGAGUGUGUCAUAUGUAGCCAGGCGUAGUGUGGAGGAUGGUGCUCAAUAGUUUCCACAGCCAGGGUCGUCUGAUAAGGAAGGCCUGGGGUCCAGAAUCACAGCUCCCACCUCCCUCUGCGUAAGGAUGGGCAGUGUGGGCAUGCAGCCCUUAUCCAAGAUGGCGCCGUCAGUGUCCCGUUUAAGGCCUCUAGGACCGGGGUGGCUGUUGCUCUCCUAGAGUGGAGUGAGACGGUGGUGGUAGUGGAGAGGGGCCCCCGAGGGCCUCCCGAGGCUGAUGGGGUCGGCGGGGGGUCAGGUGCGCUUCCAAGUGCAGAGUCGCGGUCUCCGGCGCUCCGUCUCCGCCUCGGCGCCGGUCAGCGGGUCUCCGCUCUGGGCAGCGCCGUGCAGCGGGAGCUCCCCUAUUGAGUCGGCUGAGGAGCGGGGCUUAUCACUGGUGCGGUAAGGAGAGGGGAUGAGCAGGUAUCUCGUCAGGGGAGUGCUGGCGGUCUACUUCUGGUCCCGGCUGUGGUGAAAUUGAGCCCCCGGCUUCAGGUAGGCAAGUGGGCCGCAACCCGCACGGGUGCAGGGGGCACCCGCCGGCUCCGCAGACCACUGCCCUCGAGUCAGGAGGGAGGCAGGGAUGCAGCAAAUAAGUGUGGGUAUCAAAUAUCUGCUAAUAAACAACUGAUAUAAGUAUCCCAAGCAGGAGCUCCAAUAUUACCCAACUGUCUGGGUCUGUCGCCAAGCCACGCCCCCCCGAAAAAGGUGAUUUUAAAUGAUAGACUUCAUCGAAGCCCAGGAGAUUUUCUACAGUGUAUGUAUGAGUUUUUGCAAGGAAGAAUGAGAGAAAUUGGUUUGAAGUUUUUUAAAUGUGUACAAAAAUUGGAGAAUGAAAAAUAUCAAAGUGAUAGACCAGAACAGGAACAUCUUACCCAGUUAGAAAAAUGGCAGAGAAGAAUAAAAAUAGGUAAGAGUAAACAGGCCAAAUACUACCAGCCGCCAACACCGAAAUCUACAAAACAAGUGUCUCAUGCAAACUGUCCAGCUUGGUCCGGGAAAGGGAAACUUGGAAAAAAGACAAUUAUCCUACGCAACACAUGUUCCGUUGACAAUUUGCUUUUUAUAACUCAUAUGGCAAUAAGGAAAUAUGAUUGGAUCUUAAAUGAAUUAGAUGGUCUAAAAACACAGGAUUCAAGCAUCAAUACAUUACUGAAGGUUUAUCAGCAUUUUCAGAGGAAAGAUUGGAUUAAAGGAAAAAUUGAAUGGUUAAAGCAACUAAACAGAUUUCGAGGCCAAACUGUGUGGGACGCAUAUGGAAGUGAAGAGGAUUUUGUUGUAUGUCGUUUAAAUUAUCUACUUACAACAACAGUUGAGUCUAUCUGCAGUGGACCUUUCUGCCCAGAGCCAGUUACCAAUAGAUCCACCAAUCUUCUUGAAAUUUGUUGUGAUGACCUAGGGAACAUCCAAACUGUACUUAAUACUUGGACAGAUGGAUAUAUAAGCAGUUGCAAAAGAAAACGUGGAACAAGUUCUUGUGACGGGAUAAGAACUUUUUCAAAAAGAGAAUUCAAACAUGGCUUACCAUGCAUAUUGUUUGUUACUAUUGUGAAAAAAACAUCAGGUGACCCUUUGACCUGUCCCUCGCGCCAUACUGCACUUCCAUCUAUUGUUACAGUUUCUGGAAGAAGGUAUAAGCCGGUAGCAGUAACCUACAAUGUUGGAGAACAUUUUAUUUGCUUCUUCAGGCUAACAGAUGAUGAUUCCUGGCACUGCUAUGAUGGAAUCAAAGAAUUUAAAGAUCCUGGAAAGGGAAUUGAGGUUGCCACCACAGAGUUAAUAGAAGAAGUUCUUGUGCCAGGCGUCACUGUCGGUCAUGUAAUCAUGGUUCGUCUCAAUGAAUCUUCAUUGAAUAUUGUGCAGGAACCUGCAAUACUGAAAGACAUGAUUGCAGCACAGAAAUGGGUAGAAGAUCAUAAACAUACAUUUUCCGGUCAAGUUUUUAUACCAUCACUACUAUCAAUGACAAAAAACGAGGCAGAAGAUUGUAUAAAAAAAUACCAUAAUGACCUAAAUUUGGAUAGUGACAUGGAUGACUGUCGUGAGCAUUUUAUAUUCGCUUUUACAGAUAAAGAUGACAUGGAAAAGUUUCUUACUGAGACAAGAGACAAACAAACACUGCUUGUACAUACUAAGUUAAGUGGGUAACUUAAUUAUCCUCGUUAUAUUUCAUGGUGUGAAAAAGGAUGUUAUCAUUAAUAUUUAACACCAGUGGCUAUUAAAUUAGAACCUCUUUUCUCACACAGUAAAUUAGUUGUUUAUAGAGUUUACAGAAAUAAUCUGGGAUAGGUUCCUGGACAUAUCUGAUAACAUAGUCAAGGCACUCCAGAAACAGGCUACUUACUUAUCACUGUUUAUUGCAGCAGGCUGCAUUCGGGGCUAAUUGAAUAGUACAGGGUGAUCAAUAAGAUGGCAUUAAAUUAUUCCAUUUAUUAUUCCGUUUUGUGUUUUUAGAUAUUUGUAAAAAAAAAAUUGGUAUUUAUAAAUAGAUAUUCUCGUUUUGGAUACAACUGUUACACUAUUUUUUUUU